ACGAAAUUUGACGGUUGGCCUGCUGUAUACGCAGCACGUCUACCACUGCGCAUGUCCCAGUCGAGAGGCAGCAAAAAAUCAGCAGCAGGUGACGCCUCGGAGGUGUGAAAACUGAAGGCUAUUUUGGGCACGUUGUUCGAUUUCUCCAGGCGACAAUGGCAGCGUUGGUGCAUGGUUGCUCCAGUCCGCGACAGCGCUCCAGUUUCAAAAGCGAUGUACUAGUGGGGGGCAAUGGCGGCUCCAGCGCCUCCCCCAACGCACACCACAGCUCCACGCCCGCCAUGUACACCACAAUGCCCAAAUACUCACGGACAGCUAGUCAGACGUUGUAUGCCACAACUCAGCAAAUAUUUGGAAAUGGCGGGGCUGUGGCAGAUAAUCAAUAUAAUGGCCCGCUCUAUAUGUCGACAACUGGCGCCAUGUCUUCUAUUCCACAGCAGCGACCCUUAUCCGCAUCCGCUUUGCCCGAAUCGUCCGCCGCAUGUCGCAAUUACUGGAGUCACCAGCAGCAUCCGUCUGCUGCCAUGCUCUAUCACACCAGCGGACGACACUACAACAAACGCAAAUCCGCCGUGGAACUUCUCGCCGAGUCGAAACCCUUCUAUAUCAAGUCGGAUGCAAUCUUUGAGCGACUGCAGCAGACCAGUGGAUAUCGCACUGUAGGCACUGGCACUACAACAAACAGCGUCGGCGUCAAGCGCGGCCGACGCCCAGAGGACGGACACUACAAUCCCACGUACGAGGAAAUCGAAGACAGACGCUUCAUGACCAUGAUGGGCAGCAGCACUGCUGCUGGCAAUCGAUCUGCUUCCCAGAUUCCACAACAGCAGUCACAGCAGUAUAUGCAUCAUCAUCAUCACCAUCACCAUGGCCGACACCACGGCCAGCAGCACGCAACCCAUUCAAACCGACACAGCGCUACUGCCGCCGUCAACAACAAUCUGCUGCAGCACAAGCUUCGCAUGCUGCUGGGCUCCGAGGCCAACAAGGAGCGCCAAUGCGGCGCCAAUACGGCUGCUCCUGGUGCCGGCAGACGCCACGACCUCAACGAUGCCAACGCCGAGCUGUUGCCCGCUGAAUACGAUGAUGAUGGCUCGCCCAUGAGAAUUCCACCGCCCCUCUAUAUGCCAACGCACUCGUUUGCCAACAAUUCCUACAACUACCCCAGCGAGCCGAACAGUGGAGGCGAAGAGCCGCUCGUGCUGACGGAGAACUAUAGACCAAUCAGUCCGCCGGCAGAGUACGCAGCCAAAUCGGGUCAACCGCACAAUGAGCGUUAUAGAUACAAUUAUCAGCGCUCCUAUUCGCAUUCCCACGAAGUGGCCGACACUGAUGAGCGUGCACCCUACACUGGCGGCGACUACAACAUCAAUAGCCACAAGUCUCUGCCCGACUUGCACACCCAGAUCAGUCGCCAUUCGCCGCACAGCGAGAUCUUAAGCUGUUGUAGCCGCGGUAAUCGUUCCAUCAAAUCGGCCGGCGAGUCCUCAAUCAAUCGCGACUCCGGCGGCAGCUCCGGACACUACACGCAUCGCAGUGAGCCGUGCUACAAGCGUCAGCGGGAGGUGAUCGAACGUGAUCCGAAUGCCAGCAGUACCAUCAAGAAUUGCUGCAACUUGGUGGCAGCCACGAGACGUGACAGCGGCUCCUCUACGCAGCACAGUGCCAAUUCAUAUUGUGGCUAUGUUACGCCCGCCGAUUAUCCGCCGCUGCAUAUUCGCAAUGCCGACUGUCUUGAUUGUCGCUGCAAGCCGGAUCCGGGACCCAUGGGCUAUGACAGCAAUGCCGCUGCCGACUAUUUGCUCAAUUUUACGCCCACGCCGGAGGUGCCGGAGGCUUUCCAGGAUGAUUAUACGCCGACGCCGCCGUCACCGUCGCCCAGACUGAAGACACAAACGCCGCGCUACUCAAGCUCCUCCAGCCAGCAGUUGCACACCAGCUCGCAGGGCUACACGAGCAUUAAUCACUCGCAAAGCUCGCUGGUGCAGAGUCCCGGCUCAGCACCGUCUGUGGAUGACAUUAGUCCGCCGCCUAUACAGUUUAAGCGGCAGCGCUGCAUACGCUUCAAAAAUCGCAAUCGUUUGCCUGCCCAGCCGCGCACUUCGCCCAUCAAUAACGUGGACUGCAUGGGGGGCUCGGCUGGGACAGCCGCCAGUGCUGGCUACAAGCGCUCCACGGAGCAUGAAAAUGUGUUCUUUCCCAAAGGUUUCGCGACAGAUGGUUACACAACGACCACACCGUCGCAGUCACAUGUGCCUCUAAGUGCGCACACAAGUGACCACGCCAUGGAUGUUGAACGUGAGGCACUCAAUGCGAGCAUCUCGGAGCUGGAGAAGUUCUUCGAUCGGCUGGGUCUCAACGAUGAGGCCUUCCACGAGAUCUACAGCCAACCGCGGCGUACUCGCAGCACCGAAAACGAUUCAGAUGACUCGAGCACCGUUUUCUUCUCGGACGUGAGCACCGUCGACUCGAUGCGUUUGCCGGACAGCACUGAGACCCAGCCACAGACCACGCAGCCGUAUCGACCGUCGGAGCCACCGUCUAUUGUGGAGCGCAAUGCACGCAUCAUCAAGUGGCUCUGUAAUUGCAAGAAGAUGCAAUGCGCCUGAAAAGCCCAUAAAUUUCGUUAAGUAGUUGCAAGAAACUGUAGCUGCAGUAGGCAGUGCGAAAAUUGAAGAUUGUUCUUUAAAUACAUGAUGUA